CUCUUUGUGCCGAAAUAUCUGCUGGGAUUACCAUGGCCUCCCCAUUAUCUUUCGAUCGUGAUCUUAGUCAGAUUUUAUCUGGGUGGAGAAGGCGGAUGCCACCUAGAUCAAGGGCCUAGUUGCACACCACAUUAGAGUGUGGGCUACACGUGUUCAGGCUCUUUGGGGCGAAUGACUUAUUGGGCCUUGACUAUGGCCAGGGCGUCACAGGCUGCCAUCCUUCUUCCUGGGCUUUGUCGGUUGCUUGGGCUGCCUCAAGCUCCCACAUCAAUCUACAGUACUUUUUGAAGAAAAUCAAGGGCUGCGAAAGGUUAUUCUUAACAGACCACAACAAUUGAAUUCCCUUACUCUUGAAAUGAUUUCGCAAAUGAAGAGGGCGCUGGAAGAGUAUGAGGUUGAUGAUACCAUCAAACUAAUAAUACUGAAGGGACAAGGGAAGGCAUUCUGUGCUGGUGGAGAUGUUGUUAGAUUUGUUCAACUCGUUUCGGAAGGACAUUGGAGCUUGGCUGCCAGAUUUUACCAGAAACAACUUUUGUUGGAUUAUCUGAUUGCAACAUACAAUAAACCAUUGGUUGUGCUGAUGAAUGGCGUGGUUAUGGGAGGAGGUGCAGGGCUAUCCAUGAAUGCAAGCUUCCGAGUCGUCACAGAGAACACUGUGUUUGCAAUGCCGGAGGCCUCGAUAGGACAUUUCCCUGAUGUUGGUGCUUCAUAUUUCCUAUCCCGAUUGUCUGGACAUUUUGGUGAAUAUUUAGGACUAACUGGCGCAAAAAUAAGUGGGAGUGAAAUGUUGAAAUGUGGUUUGGCAACUCAUUUUGUAUUUUCCAAGGAUAUUAAAUCUCUGGAAGCCGAGCUAAGCAAGACAGCGCAUGAUGAUGUGUCAACAAUUCCUAGUACACUUGAAAAAUUUAUUCACAAAUCAAAUUUGGAACAAGACAGCGCAUGGACGAGGUUGGAUAUUAUUAAUAAAUGCUUUUCGAAGAAGUCCGUUGAAGACAUAUUAACAUCUCUUGAAACUGAAGUUGUGCGUUGCGGAGACAAGUGGAUGGCCAAUGCAAUCAAUUCCAUGAAACGUGCUUCUCCAACAAGUCUUAAGAUUUGCCUAAAAUCUAUCAGAGAGGGACGAAGCUCAACACUGGAAGAAUGUCUGAGACGUGACUAUAUCGUUUCUCGUCACAUGGUACGAAGAACAUUCAACAACGAUUUUUUUGAGGGGUCGAGGGCAAUGUUCUUUGAUAAAGAUAAAAGACCGCAGUGGAACCCUUCGAGAUUGGAAAACGUUGGUGACGAGUUCGUGAAGAAGUUCUUCAGUGACGUCGAUAAUGAUGAUGAUUGGGAUUGUUUGGCACUCCCAAAUAGAAAAAUCAGAAAAAUAAAAACUUCUAAACUAUGAAUAGGAGGAAAAAUAGUUUAGGUCAUAAUGCACUUUGAUCUAUGGAAGUGGACGAGAACAGUAGUUGUGAGAAAGAUGCAUUAGAAACUCAGUUGAAUGUUACAAACAUUCUAAACUAGAGAUAUAGGGAGUUGUAUUGUUGAAUUAAGUGUGAGUGUCACUGAUGACAAUGUAAGCGUAAGAGUGUUUAACUCUUAUAAAAACUACGUUGUACUUCAAACUGAUGAACUACAAAUGCACUUCUUUGUAAGAAA